AUGGCAGAAGAGAGAUCAAGAUUAGUUAUGAACAACUUCGUUUCUCAUCACAUUCUCUGUCUCUUUCUUGUCUCACAAGUCUCAAUUGUCUCCAGCAGUGUUGGAGUGAACUGGGGAACAAUGGCGAGCCACCAGCUUCCACCUCAAAACGUGGUGAAGAUGCUAAAAGACAACGGCUUCACCAAGCUGAAACUCUUCGAAGCCGACCAAAACAUCCUAGACGCUCUAGUCGGUUCAGAGAUCGAAGUCAUGAUCGGAAUACCAAACCGGCUGCUCAAAGAAGUCGCUCGAGAUCCAGACGUAGCAGCUUCGUGGGUCGAAGAGAACGUCACCGCUUACUCCUACCACGGUGGAGUCAACAUCAAGUACAUAGCCGUAGGCAACGAGCCUUUCCUUCAGACGUAUAACGGAACCUACGUUGAGUCCACUUUACCAGCUCUCGUCAACAUACAGCGAGCGUUAGAGGAAGCUGGUCUCAAAACUGUGAAAGUCACGGUUCCUUUCAACGCAGACAUUUACUUCUCGCCGGAAUCGAACCCUGUUCCAUCAGCUGGAGACUUCAGGCCUGAGCUUAGAGACGCAACGAUCGAGAUAAUCAAUUUCUUGUAUUCUCAUGACUCUCCUUUCACAGUCAACAUCUACCCUUUUCUUAGUCUUUACGGAAACGCUUACUUCCCUUUAGAUUUCGCCUUCUUCGAUGGAACGAACAAGACUCUGAGAGAUGGGAAUUUGGUUUACAGCAACGUGUUCGAUGCGAAUCUCGACACUCUAGUUUGCGCAAUGGAAAGAUACAGCUUCUUGGGGAUGAAGAUCAUCGUUGGAGAAGUCGGAUGGCCUACGGAUGGAGACAAGAACGCUAAUUCAAAGAGUGCAAAGAGAUUCAACCAAGGAAUUGUCAAGCAUGCCAUGUCUGGCAACGGAACGCCUGCGAGGAAAGGAGUGGUUAUCGAUGUUUACCUUUUCAGUCUCGUCGAUGAAGACGCCAAGAGUAUUGCUCCGGGGACGUUCGAGAGGCACUGGGGCAUCUUUGAGUUUGAUGGUAGACCGAAAUACGAGCUAGAUUUGUCCGGGAAAGGUAAGGACAUUGCUCUGGCUCCAGUGGAGAAUGUGAAGUAUCUGCCUAAAUCUUGGUGUGUUCUUGAUCCCAACGCGUUUAGCCUCGAUGACUUGGCUGAUAAUGUUGACUACGCUUGUAGCUUGUCUGAUUGCACAGCGCUUGGGUUUGGUUCCUCCUGCAACCAUCUUAGCGGCAAUGGUAAUGCUUCGUAUGCGUUUAACAUGUAUUAUCAGAUGCAUGAUCAGAAAACCUGGGACUGUGACUUCUUGGGGUUGGGUUUGGUCACAGAGGAAGAUCCUUCUGAUGAGCUUUGUGAGUUCCCUGUGAUGAUUGAUACAGGAGACUCACCAAAGUUGCAGCCUCAAUCUUCAAGAAUGUUCUUAGCCACGGUUUUGGUUCUUUUUGUCCUUCCUCUCCUGUAG